AUGCGCUGGAUAAGUGCUCUUCUGGCUACGUUGCUGGGCGGUCUCCCGCUAGCUCACAGCCAGCCAAGCCCAGAGGAGAUAGCUCCAUUGUACCGAGCCCUCUCUGACAGUGCCCCGAAUUUUCAAGCCAUAGCGCCGCGCGUACCUCUCUCGACCAACGACAAUACGGUAGCGCCUCUCAUCGACCUGCAAGUUUAUGCUCCGCCUGUUGUUCCCACCGGUGGAUCAAAAUGCACAGUAGAACUCCUCACACACGACUUUGGAGACGGCAGCUACGGGGUCCCGGCGGUCGUACCCUACACUCCCCCGUCGUGCGGGUUACCUGGCAGCUGGGCGGCAAUUACGCUCAAUCUAACGGUGUUCUCAAAUGGAACUCAAUACGAUCGAUUGAGUGUACAUCUCCUUACCAUCGCUUUAGUCUGGCGGCACUCUGGCGCGGAACCGACUAAGACCGGCACGGUGUGGACGUGGGUGAACAGCGUCAAGGAUGUCACUCACUACAGUGCCCUCUUUUCUGCCCCUGGGGACCUUCUCAUGGACUUCAGCAAUAUCAUAUCUGCCGACCUCGGCCUGGAUGGCGCUUUCCAUGUGACGUUGACGGGUACCUUCUAUGCGCCCACUCGCGAAUUUCCCAAGCCAGCCACAUCCGACCUGAUCCUGCCAAUAACCAAUCUGUCCCCCAACCAGCUGAAUUUCUUCGCCAUCGCCGACGACCUGGGUGGGACCGCCAACGUCACCGUCCCGCGCAACGCCCAACGGGCGGUGAUCGAAAUAUACGCGUCCGGCAACUCAGAGGAAGAGUUUUGGUAUCUCAACACCCCCGAUGCGUUCCUGCCCUACUUCCCGGCGUCGUCUGGGCUCAUCGGAAAAGGCCCCUUCCGCGAGGUCCAGGCGCUCGUCGACGGCCGGCUCGCGGGCGUGGCGUGGCCGCACGCUGUCAUCUACACGGGCGGGAUCACGCCGACGAACUGGCGGCCGCUCACCGCGUACGGGACGUACGACCAGCCGACGUAUUUCGUGGACAUCACGCCGUUCCUGCCCCUCCUCGCGGAUGGGAAGGAGCAUGCGAUCACGCUCCGUGUCUUGGGCCAGGGGCAGUCGCCGACUAUCAACUCGGACUGGUUUGUCUCGGGCUCCCUUCACGUGUGGCUGGGGAAGACCGCUAUCACGGGGAAGAUGACGAGGUACGAGGUGUCGGAGGAGCCCGACAUCAAGACUACAGGGAGAGCCUCUUCGGAUAAUGCGACUGUGUGGACGUCCGUGACCGCUAGCAGGACGAUCCUCGUCGAGUCGAUGGUUCAUAGCGACCGAGGACAGGAAGUUGUCCGAUUCGAACAGCAUCUGGGAUACACCAACGAGCAGAAAUACGCGACCGAGGGCCUUGUACAGUGGGGAGUGCAACUUACAGAGGGAACAACACAAUCCACUGUUAGCGGGAAGACCGCUCUGAGGGAUGCGUUUUCUUUCCCCCUCUCGGUCUUCUCCAAUUAC